GCUGGAUCAGAUGUUCAGAGUAGUAUCACUUCGUGGGGACUCCUUUGCUCUAGUCUCCGUGCUGUGAAUCAUCGCAUGUCAAGUGAUCUCAAGUUGUAAUGCGUCAAGUUAAUCUUAGACCAUAUACUGGGUCUAAGAAGUUAAGUCAUUUAAUAUUUUAAUUUCAUUUUAGAAUCUUAUUUCGAGACUUUUGUCAUAAGAACAUCUAAAUCUGUGAACAGAUGGAAAAGAUCUAUUGUUAAUAUUGUAUAAAAAGUAAAUAUUUUCAAGACCCAUACAUUAUGAAGUUCAUUGUUUCUAUUUAUUAGGCUUAAAUGUAAAUAGUUUUUCUAUGGGCAAACAAAUUUGGUACCAUUAAUGCUCUGCAAAUGGAAGAUUCCAAUGGAAGCAUUGUGUUUAGAGAAAUUCACAAAAAUGGGUGGCUGCGACGCACGGAGACGGUGGAAAGAGAAGCCGCGAGAUUUUGGGUAGUUUUUUGUAUCCAUGACGAUGUCGAGCCUUAUUUUGAAGGCUACAACAACCAAAAACAGGCAGCCAAACAUUCAUUUCUUUGGAAUUCAUCCUUACAAAACAUUCUUCAUUUAUCACCAACACUUUGUGCUACCGAACAGCAAGAUUUUGAAUUCUGUGUCAACUUUUCUGACCAGAGGGUCCUACGGCUAGCAGCUCCAACCUAUCAGGAUAUGUACGACUGGGUACAAACUGUUAGUAGAAAAUUAACUGAGAUGAAAAUUCUGAGCCCCAAGGAAAAUUUCUAUUCCAAAGGACCCGGAGCUGAAAGGCGCCCUACCAGGGAUCCGACCAGUCCCCUACCCCUGCCACCUCGUCCACCCCCAUCACUUGAAGUACAAGUUCACGUUCCUUUAACAAAUUCCGACUCAGCCAACACAGAAAAUCAAACUGAAAUUGCUCGUGUCGGUUCUAUUCGUUUACCGGCAAACCAGACAAAUCAACUGAAUCAUGAGGAGAACUCAGCUACCAUAAAUCAAUAUCCAGUGUCUGAAAGUGUGCCAAAUGUCUUUACCUUUGAUAAUAUACCAGGGCAUAAUGGUAGGGAGCCAUCUACUCAGCCUAGAUUUAUACCUGGAGGACACCAAGAUAGACACAGUGAGAAUGUCUCAAAUAUUGAAAAUAAUAACUCCAGUUACGAGAGCCUAUUUUUGGCAUCCUCUCAUUCUCCGAUCACACCUGGCAGAUUGAUCGAAAGCAAUAACAGUCCAGAAUCGGCAGAGAGCAGGCAUUAUGCAGCUCUGAGAGAAUAUAGAAGUUUAGCUCCAGUUUCUCGACCGCAACAAAGUGGAACUCACAGGGCUGUGACGAGAGAAGGAAACGGUAGACAGCUGACAUUGAGGGAGCAACAGGUACUUCAACUCAAAAGAGAAAUCGGCCACCGCGCUGGAGUCAGAUUACAGCUGAGAAGAAGAGAUUGCAAGGACAACAUUGCUUUUGUUGACACAUUUGGGACAGUCUGGAUUGCUGGAUGGAAACAACGUGAGCAGCCAAUGCUUUACAAUGUGCUGCAUAUCGGGGAUCAGGUGCUCAGUUUAGCUGGAAGUCCUGUGCACAGUGCGACGUCUGCACGUGAUAUUCUCAAGAAUUGUACAACACCAUAUGUAGAGAUGAUCGUCAGGAGGCUCCCGCAGGGUCGAACAAUGACUUUGAUUAGGGGGAGCGAUCGCGAAACUGACAGUCAUGGAUUUGGGCUCGAGUUACAGGGCAACGAAGUGAUCGGGGUUGGAGGUAUGGCAUUGACUUCUGGAUUGCCACCUGCAGCUCUUGCGGCUGAUCCAUCCAUGCCAGCGGGAACUUUCGUAAAUUGGACAUUGACGGAAGUAAAUGGUCGGCCAUUAAACAUACUGGGCCAAGGAGAAGACGCUCGAGAACGUCUUGGAGGUGUCGGACUCGACGUUUCCGUUGUUAUGCAACCAACUGAUCUGGUAUCUUCUUUGAAGAAAUUCUUGCGUAGUCAUCGCGGAUAUAAAAAUUACCUACUAAACUAACAAAACAGAUAGUCUAUAAGGCUCUAGCUAUGUCAAUAUAGCACGAAAAAAUUCUUCCAAGCUAACAUCCAUGUAACUGCUUUUGAGUAAACAGUACAAGCGAAUUUGACUUCAGCUACGGCCUUAAUAUAUGUAAAUAUUCCUAAUGUCAAUGUCAAACUAAAACGCAAUAGCUAUCGUUGAUCACGUUUGAUUGUUAGCGAAUCUCAUAUUAAAUUGAUGUCAAAUUGAUAUUUAUUUUUGUAUGAAUGCACAUGCUUGAAAUGCAUUACUGAGUAUUCAGCAACCAAAUAGCGCAAUUCGUAGUAUUAAAUUUUUACAAGAAGGACAGAAUCUAUGCUUUUUUUCAUUGUACGAGGUUACACAAUCUUUAAUCGUCUCAGUUUUCAUUUGGUGUUUAACGUCAAAAUGGAAAAAAGGCUCUCUCCCAUCGGCCAUGAUUUCGCCCAAUAAUGUUUUGUUUUGCCCUUAGACAACAAAACAUUAUCACUCAAGAUUCAUUUUGGUUCACGCUCUUUCUUUAUUCAGAGUUAAUUCCUAAAGCCUGCUGCUAAACAAGAAUUUUGAUCAACUCUAUGAAUUGAUUAACGAUUAUUCGCCAUUCCUCUUGACUCUAAAUUAAUUCAGGAGAGCAAAUUCUACAUUUUUGUUUGAUUGAACUGAAUUCUAUUCAGUGAUUUCAGUUCAUUUCAUUUAUUUGAAUAUGAUAUAUAGAUACAAAAAUCGUUGUCGUAAACUUCCCUAGCGAGAUCCAUGAGGUUUCAGAGGAAACUCUAAUCAAUUUUGAAUUGAAUUAAAUUUGAGAAAAAUUUUACACCUGAAACGAAAUCAACAAUUCCAAAAAUAACAAUAUAUUUUUAGAAAUUUAUAAAGACAUUUGCUUAAUGUUCCGUAGAAGCUAAUUUUUUACCCAAAUCUCACUGAUUUCUUUUUGGCAGUGAAAACCCUGAAGUAAUAUGGUAAUUCGUGAAACACCUGUGAACGACUGUUGUGAAAUCAUGUGUGCCAUCUGUCCAACACUUUAAGUGUGUACCAAGCGUACAGUCCAGUGGAAGAGUUGUCAAGAUAGACAUAUAAUGUAAUGGAGAAUUGAAAGUGCAAUUGAAGUUAAUCGAGUUGGAUUUAGUUGAAACAAAAUUUCCAUAAUGUAGGAAAAAUUAAGAAAACCGGCAAUUUCAGCUACAGUAGCACAAUUAUUGAUGACUUCAUAAAGAUCUCCUUUACUGAAUCAUUUGUACAAUGAAAAAAUUCGCAUCGUUAGAUCGAUUACAAUUAACUACGGUUCACUUUGUUCGUAAAUAAAUUCUCUAAAAAUCUGGAUAAUCACAUUUUGGAUAAGAAUCUAGUAUUUUUUAUUAUGGCAUUGGUGUACUAUUGAUCAUUUACAAUGAUUUCGCUAAUCGUGUUUUAUUUUUUUUUGUUUACUUUUUUUCUUCAGUAACGGAGAAGUUGAAUACAAAAUAUGACUGUUGGUAUGUAAAGAUUUCAUUUAUGAAGAAGAUCAGCUCUAAUUCAUUAAAAUCUAUCAACGGAUACAGUUUGCUUCAUUGUAAAAAUGAUGCAAUAACGUGAUCUUUUCAAAAUCAUCAAUAAUUGUGCUGUGUUGUAUCUGAAGUUUACCUACGGUUUUUGUAUUUUUUCCAUGUCAAGGGAAUAUUGUUUCAACAAAAUUCAACUCGAUUGACUUCAGUUGCAUGUCCAAACCAUUGUUAUAUCAUAUUUCUGUCUGGACAGCUCUUUGACUGGACCGUAUGAUCGGUACACUCUUAAAUCAACAAUGGGAAUUGCAGUUCUUUCUUUAAUCUCAUACUCGACAAUGGUCUCGAAACAUUUCAAAGUUCAUCUCGAUCGUAUCUCGAUAAUACUUUUAUGCCGAGUAGGCUCCAUUGCAGUUGUGAGACAAUAAGUUCUUCUUCAGUCUUGUACACCCAUACGUUAUUGAAAAUAAUCUCUUUACAAUGUUUUCUACUAGUUGUAGAACUUACUCCCGUGCGUACGUCGCGCAGUCUUAUUUUAGAUAUUUUUCUAGUGCCCAGACUUCAAAGCAUUUAACCUUAUACUAGAACGAACAGAUUUGGGGGAUGGAAUAUAACAAUUGAAGACAAACAAUUGUUUUCAAAUAACUCUAACAUGCUUAAGCUGUAGAAUUAAUUAAUAAUAAGAUAAGAAUUCUGUGAUAACUAAUAAUACACACGGUGAAAGGGAAGUUGAAUAUUUGUAAGCAGCGAAUGAAUUUAUAUAGCACAAUUUCUGGGUAAUAAUCUGCGUUCUUAUUUAUUAUGUCAACGAAUUUCUACUGUUGUAUGUAGUUUUUCGCGAUAGAAUUACUGUUAUUUAUGUACAGUGUUAUUAGUGACAAUUCCGCUGAACCAAUAUUAUAUUUAUGGAAUGCAAGACACUCAUGAUUCCGUUGGCAAUUUCCAAGCAAACUUAAUCAAAUGAACUAUCUUGGUCUUAUAAUAACAUAAAUUCACAAAUA